AUGUACAGCGCACAGUGGGCGAGACAACAAUUGAAAACCAUUGCAUGGCUGUGGCGAAAACAACAGCUGAGACUGCUGAAUGAGAUGAGAACACACGUUGUGGGAGGCAGAUCGAGGGCCCAAUCAGAAAUAUUGGCAAGGGGACAGAGUGGCUCCUUGUGUGCUGUACAAAGGUAUUAUAGUUCAGAGAAGGACCACCAGAUUACAACGGAAAAGGAAACAACCGUCACACAGGAAGAUGAUGAUAUAUCCCAAAAUCUCAACUUCAAACAGAUGAUGAUGUACAACGAGGAAGAUGAUGAUAUAAUGAAACGAUUGAAUGCCUGUGAGACAUCGGAACAGUUGAUGAAUAUUGCAGAUACGUUACUGGCAGAAAUGCACAAGGAACAUGUGGUCCAAACAAUUGUCCUAUUGUGGAUGUUUAAAAGACUGAAUGAUGUGGCCCAUCACAAGGUGAUAUUAGAGAAAAUUAUACCACAACUCGAGAAAUAUAUUGAGGAAUUGAAUAUAAAUGAAAUGAGCACCUGCUAUUUGUAUUUGCGAAAAAUGGGCGAAGAGAAUACCCAUCCAUUGCUGCAGCAAUUGCUGACAAAAUCCUUGAAUAUUGUAGAUACUGAGGAAAAUGUAGGCCUCUCUGCCUUAUCACGCCUUGUGGUUGGCAUUAAUGUGGGCCGUAAUUUCUUUACACCAAUGUUAUGUGCAAAUUUCAUCAAACAUUUGGAGGGACACAUUGCCAAAUGCAGCACAGAUGAUGAUGCCCGUAUGAUAGCCAUAGUUAUGUUGAAUUUACAACCUCUUAUAGAUGUAGAACUUAUGUCAAUGUUUAAACAACGGGUACACAGCUUGAUUAGCAGUGGGGAAAUCUCGGCCUCAAAACCCAAGACCAUUAUAAAAAUCUUGAAUGUUUUAAAUAUGACAGUAUGGUCGAAUAGCCAUGUGGAUUUGAUAAGGGAACUAUUGCUAACAAUUAAAACGGCCAUACCCCAAUUGGAUGCCAAUGAUUUGAAAACCAUAAGUCGGAUAUAUCAAUAUCACAUGGAACCGGCAUGUUUGCAACAACCCUUAUCCUUGGCGUUGGAGGAGUUGUUAGCCACUCAUAUGUCUCCUGAAACUUUGGCUUGUUAUGUACCCUUUUCCCAGCCUAAUAAACGUGAUACCCUAACAAAUGCCUUUAAGGCUCUGCUGGCCUCACCUGAAAGUUGGCAACAACCCAAUGCAAGUGGAUUUCUGUUUUCCACUCUACGAUCAUUGAAAAUAUCGGAUAAUAAAAUAUGUAAUGCCUAUUGGAAUGGGGUGUUGAAUGAAUUGAAUUCUGUAGGGGAGAAUGAGACGCAUACAAAUUUCCUCAAACACUGUCAUCGUUAUAUGAAUUUCAAUAAUAAUUUGGGAGGUACCUAUCGGCAUAUGGCAUUGGAAAAGAAAUUGUCACAGCUGUGUAUGCGGGCCAUAGAACAUGAUGUUAGUGGGAGGAUACCACAGACCUUUGCAAGAUUGGCAUCAUUUGUGCUGGCAUAUGGUCACACACCCUACAGUUGGAAGAAAUAUCCAAAUAUUAUCUUAUCGAAGAUUAUAAAUAUGGCAGAACAAUUUACGGUAACCGAUUGUUUUCUGAUCAGCAGGGGUUUGAGGAUAUCCCUGGAAAUGAGAUACCGCUAUCAAAUACCCCAAUUGGCCAAUAUGCAGCUGGCCACCAUAGACAGUGUAUUGACAAGUUGUGCCGAAAGAGUUCUAACCGACAAUAAUUUACAUGUAACGGAUCUUAAUGCCCUGGUGCGGAUGUUAAGCAAUCGGAAAUCUCUCCAAAACAGUGUCGUGUAUCACAAAACCCUACAAAAAUACAAAGAAAUCCAAUGCGAAGAUUUAAAUUCACGCAUAAUGCGUGAUAUGGCAUAUAAUUUUUUGGCCACAAAUUAUUUGGUACCCGAAGUAUUAGAGGUUAUGUUUAAAUAUUUAGAAAAUCACUAUGAACACAUUUUGGGAGAGACCGUGGAGAAAUUACUAUCGUGUACCUAUAAUUUGGGUUAUACGCCGCAGUCGUAUGCAUCUUUGGAAUAUGCAGGAUAUAUUUUACAGAGAGAUUUCAAUUACAUGAGCGGCCUGUCUUUGGUCCAAGCCUGUCUAGCCCUUUGCUAUUACAAAAUAAUACCCGAGGAGUUAAUAAAUAAAGUAUUUUGUGUUAAAUUCAUACAACGUGUUGAGGAUGAAAUACAAAUGUGUUAUUCAAAGGCCACCUAUCCCGAACGAGUACUGAACAUAGUUAUGCAGCUAAAUCGUAGUGUUUGCUUAGAUUUUCCAGAAGCGAAUGUGCCCUGGUUCCAGCAAAAUUUCAUUGAAGCACAAAUGAGCAAAAAACCCUUUGUGGAAACCCCUUUUAAUGCAGAUGUUAAAAAUCUGCUAACCACUGUACUUAAGGAUGAGUCAUAUUUCCGCUGUAAUCACACAACGCCAUAUGGAUAUCAGAUUGACUUUGUGAUAAAUUUCGAUAAGAAUAAAACCCCCAUCCAAGCACCUGCUGAAACGACCAUGUUGGAUCGGAUAACAAAAGUUGCAAUAUUACUGCUAAAACUUGAUUCCUUCUGUGCAAAUGACUUGAAUGCCCUGCGCGGUCCCGAUUCCUUGAAAAUCAAACACUUGGAAAUGAUGGGCUACAAGGUGUUGCACAUCAAUGAACAUGACUGGAAUUCAAAAUAUAUGAAUGCACCCGGCGCCAAGACGAAAUAUUUAAAAUGUCUGCUGCAAAUAUCAAAUUGAUAA